AUGGGUACGCAGCCGGAGUCUCUCCUGCUCGCUGGCUGCGCCGGGGCUGCGGAGGGUGGGGGGCUCCUCCGUCCCAUGGCCCUGCCCGAGCCCUGAGCGCGCCCCCCACCAUGAAGACCAUCAUCGCCGCCUACUCGGGCGUGCUCCGAGGCACAGGAUCGAACAUUCUUUCUGCUCUGCAGGAUUUGUUCUGGCUAUUGAAAUCCAAAGUAGAGAAACAACUCCAGAUCAUCUCUGUGCUGCAAUGGGUUCUCACUUUCCUUAUCAUGGGUAUUGCUUGCACUUUAAUCCUCAUGUAUAUACUGUGCACAGAUUGCUGGGCGAUUGCUGCUCUGUAUUUAGCCUGGCUGGUAUUUGACUGGAAUACACCAAAGAAAGGGGGAAGAAGAUCCCAGUGGGUGAGAAACUGGGCUAUCUGGAGGUACUUCAGGGAUUAUUUUCCAAUAAGACUGGUUAAAACCCACAAUCUGCUGACCACCAGGAAUUACAUUUUUGGGUACCAUCCACAUGGCAUCAUGGGCUUGGGUGCCUUUUGCAACUUCAGCACAGAGGCCACGGGUGUGGGCCAGAAAUUCCCUGGGAUCCGACCAUACCUUGCUACCCUGGCUGGGAACUUCAGGAUGCCCAUAUUGAGGGACUACUUAAUGUCUGGUGGUAUAUGUCCUGUGAACCGUGACAGCAUAGACUACAUCUUGUCCAAGAAUGGCAGUGGCAAUGCCAUCAUCAUCGUAGUCGGAGGGGCAGCAGAGUCCCUGAACUGCACCCCAGGGAAGAACUCCGUGACGCUGAAGAACCGGAAGGGAUUUGUGAAACUGGCUCUACGGCAUGGAGCGGACUUGGUUCCUGUCUACUCCUUUGGGGAAAAUGAAGUGUACAAGCAGGUGAUCUUUGAAGAGGGUUCCUGGGGAAGAUGGGUUCAGAAGAAGUUCCAGAAGCACAUUGGCUUUGCUCCAUGCAUCUUUCAUGGUCGUGGCCUCUUCUCCUCCAACACCUGGGGCUUGUUACCUUACUCCAAGCCCAUCACUACUGUUGUUGGAGAGCCCAUCACCAUCCCCAAAAUUGAUAAUCCAUCCCAGCAGGAUGUGGACUUCUACCAUAGCAUGUAUGUGGACUCCCUGAUCAAACUCUUUGACAAAUACAAGAGCAGAUUUGGCCUGCCGGAGACUGAGGUCUUGGAAGUCAACUGAAGGCACUGGCUCAGCAGCACCUCCUCCUCUCAGAACCAACACAUCGUUUCCAGGAGUCCAAGUUGUCACUGUGUACUUGAAAGCCUGUGUGGGUGUAUGUAUUCUUCAAAGCAAGUGUUUAAAGUGUUGCUAAACCACUUUAAAAAUAAU